AUGGAUUGGGCAAACAGUGUUUGGUUCCAGAACAGGCGCGCCAAGUUCCGCAAGCAGGAGCGUCUGGCGCAGCAGAAGGCGGGCGAGGCCCCCGUGAAAGCGGAGGGCAAGCGGGACAAGGCCGGCUCCCCGGCGUCGCCCCACCAAACCCCGCCAGCACCGCCGCAGCCCGCCCACCACACGCUGCCCCAUCUCUCCCCGCCCGAUCUCAAGCCUAUCACGUCUGCUGCGAAUAAGCUAUGCGACGAGCUGAAUGGCGUGGGCGGUGGCGGUAUGCCGCCCGUGAGCGGCGCUGGUGGCGGGAAAUGGGCUGGCGGCUGCGGUCUUCUGCGCCAGCCCUCGGGCUUCCCGCUGCUAGGCGUCGCCCCGCCUAACUAUCUGCUCUCCGACCACCUGGGGACCCUCGCCAAAACGAAUAACCAUCUUUUC